AUGGAGGGUUUCGAUACCAUGGCCAUGCCGCCGUACCUGGCAAGUCCUUUGUCGCUCGGAAAUCUCCAGGGCACCGACUACCUGAAUGCCAUGCCCGGAUUGGACUUACCUGAUCAUCGCUCCAACUUUGAUUCCGAGACGUUCGUCAGCGAUGAUCUCACUUUUGCCCCGGCUAAUCUCCCACACUCACUGAAACGCUUCCCCUCGGGAUACGAAGACCCGUUCAACGAAAUGGUCGCUCCGUUUGACCCUGCGCCGCCGGAACAACCCCAGGAUUCGUCCAUCGAUCACAACAAUAAGCUCCUGGGAUUCUCGCUACCGAUAUAUAAUUUUACCCUGCUGGAAUAUUCGAUGCGGCGAACCUCAUUAUCGGUGUCGGCGCAAUUGCACGGAAUGUUCUUCCUGGCCGAAUCCCCCUACACGACCUCUCCGUCCGAGACCGCCCCGCCCCAACAGGGUGCCGAGUUGACCUGCUACCGCCGUAAUUUAUUCCAGAUCACUGGCUCGGUUACUCUCCCUCGAGGGAUGCGCUACAUCAUGACCGAUCAAGGUGACCGAAUUCCGAUUCUGGCGCAAGAGCUCAUCGUGUCGGCCACCGAGUCAGUCGAAGGAAACCCUGUCAAGAUCAUCUCCGUGCCAUGGAAAACCCCUUCUGCAGCGGCUGCUAAUUCCGGCGCGGCGCUCGAGGAUAACCAGGCGAGUGGUGCCAAGGUCGAGAAGGAGCCCCCUCCCAUCCCACUGGACAUCAUGGCGGGUCAGGAUCUGGACACCGACUAUGCCACUUUUCCCAUUGCUUGGAAACGCUUGCAGUUCCGCGUUGCGACCGCAAAUAAUGGGCGCCGGAAGGAGUUGCAGCAACAUUUCGUAGUCCGGUUGAAGGUGGUCGCGACCUUGUCCACCGGCGCCAAGAUCCCCAUCUCGGAGGUGCAGUCGGGUCCUGUCAUCGUCCGUGGCCGCAGCCCGCGCAACUUUCAAUCCCGAAAGGAUCUCCCGCUCAGUGGCAGUGCCGCUGCGUCGCGAAAGAAUACCCAGGCGAACGCGUCGGGUGCUGCCCUCCACCGAACCCCGACAAAUGAGUCCGUUCCUCGCCGUGCAAGUGUGACCCCAGCCAAAACGAAGCCAUCCGCCGUCCAAAGCAGCUCCCCUGAGACAACCUCGGUGCCACCCCCGAGCAUGAUUCAACAGCCCCAAGCAACGCCGGAUUGGACGCCCAUCCCGCAGUCAGCCUCAAAUACCGUCUUGCCCCACGCACAGCAGUCUCUUUUCUCUCAAUCCAGUCCGGAACAUCUCUCCCAGGCCCCCGAUGUGCAGCGCCGUGUGAGCACCGCAACUGCCGCAGCCGCCGCUCCGAUUAAUUUGUCACUGUUGGAUGAGGAGGAUGGCGGCGAAUCCAAUCUCCACCUGGACCACACCAUGGGACCGCUCUACCCGGCCAACGAAAUGCCGCAGCCGCGGUCGGCAAGCAUCGAUCAUUCCGCUCCGCCCGCGAAGAUGCGCAAAGUGUCUCAUGGCAUCGGACAAACCCCGUCCCGGAGCGCCACAUCUCUUCCGCUGCUGGAGACUGCCAACCUGCCCCAGCAAUUUGCGUCCUCUCUUCCCUUUCCGAAUGAAAGUGCCGACCUUCUCUACGAGUAUUUUCCUCUCGGGCUGGACGAUUGGCAGGCUCCUGUCGAUGCUGUCUACCGACCCCACGUCGUCCAUCAUACCAACAUGCCUGAGAUGAAGUUCGUGGCUUCCCGCGGUCGCAGCAAACGAUACUUUGCCGCUGAGGAUGUCUUCUAG